AAAACUUGGAAAGGGCACUUUGAACGGUCCAUUACCUCCAACGGUCACAUUUAGGAUUCAAAUUUGAAUGUUUUUCCGUUUGUUGGGAGUAAAAGGAAGUAAAAAUUUCUUUCCUAUUCACCACAUCCAAACCCACAAACACCAAACACACUGUGCUGCAAAAGAGCUCCGACCGUUUCUACUGCAUUUCAAGAUUUUUUUCCCCCCAUUUUUUUCCAGCAUCCAGCACUCUCACUUCAAUGGAGGAGAUUCAAUUCAACACUUUUCACCAAGAUCCAGAAACUCUAUUUUCAAAUCCCUCGGUUUCAAGGGGUUUUGACUGGGAGAAGGACGGACUCUUGAAUCAAGAAAAUAAAGAUUCCCAUAUGGAUGAAGACGGUGAAUCUUUGGUUGAUUUUAUGAUUUGCGACUCGGGUUCAAGACUAAUUCCAACUGGAUUUAAGAGAUCGGAUUGCGCGGAGGAAGUUGUCAUAUUUGUAAAUGCUGGAGAUGAGACUUCAAGAGAAGCGGAUUCCAAUAUGAAAUUUUUAGCUGACACCUUUUUCCAAGGAGGGGAUGUUUUACGAACUGAAGAGUGCAUAACUGAGGGUGGUGACUGUCCAUUCAUUUAUCAGUCUGCACGAUUGGGGAACUUUUCUUAUCGGUUUGAAAAUCUUCAUCCAGGCGACUAUUUUGUUGACCUUCAUUUUGUAGAGAUCAUAAACACAGAUGGACCUAAAGGGAUGCGAGUAUUCAAUGUAUUCGUGCAGGAAGAGAAGGUCUUGUCAGACUUUGAUAUCUUCUCCAUUGUUGGAGCCAAUAAACCAGUACAGUUAGUUGACUUGAGGGUCCCUGUCAAGGAGGAUGGCUUAAUCGUUAUAAGGUUCGAAGGGGUCAAUGGAAGCCCCAUGGUCAGUGGGAUUUGCAUAAGGAAAGCACCAAUGUUGUCAGUUCCUCCAGCUUCACCUGAAUAUCUCAUAUGUAACCACUGUUCGGCUGAGAUAGAAGUUUCUCCGGUUCAGAAGAAACUUAAGCAAACAAAAUUUACAGUUAAAUAUGAGAAAAAGAUAGAAGAACUCACUAUGCAGUGCCAGCGCAAGACAGAUGAGUGCUAUGAGGCUUGGAUGUCUUUGACAGCAGCAAAUGAGCAACUUGAGAAGGUCAGGAUGGAACUUGACAAUAAGUUGUUCCAGACAUACUCUCUAGAUCAAACUGUGGAGAAGCAAGCUGAAAAGCUGAGGCAUAUUUCCAGUAAGUAUGAGCAUGAUAAGAAGGUCUGGGUUGCUGCACUUAAUGACUUGGAUGAUAAAAUAAAGAUGAUGAAACAAGAGCAUUCUCAGCUUUCUCGUGAAGCACAUGAGUGUGCUGAUUCCAUUCCUGAGUUGAAUCAAAUGGUUGUUGCUGUUCAGGCAUUAGUUGCACAGUGUGAGGAUUUCAAAAUGAAGUACAUUGAAGAACAAACAAAGAGAAAGAAGCUGUAUAACCAAGUCCAAGAGGCAAAAGGUAAUAUCAGGGUCUUUUGCCGGUGCCGUCCAUUCAGAAAGGAGGAGCUAUCAGCUGGGUCUGCAACAGUUGUAGACUUGGAUGGUGCUAAGGAUGGGGAUCUUGGGAUUCUGACUGGUGGUUCCACCAGAAAGAACUUCAAAUUUGACCGCGUUUACACACCAAAAGAUGACCAGGUUGAUGUGUUUGCGGAUGCUUCACCAAUGGUGAUUUCAGUGUUAGAUGGAUACAAUGUCUGUAUAUUUGCAUAUGGGCAAACAGGCACAGGAAAGACAUUUACGAUGGAGGGUACUCAGCAGAACAGGGGAGUCAACUAUAGGACUCUUGAGGAGUUGUUCAAAGUUGCUGAGGAAAGGAGUGAUACUUUCACUUAUAGCUUGUCUGUUAGUGUGCUUGAAGUCUACAAUGAGCAGAUUAGGGACUUGCUGGCUACCUCGCCAGCAUCAAAAAAGUUGGAGAUAAAGCAAUCUUCUGAAGGUUUUCAUCAUGUCCCGGGGAUUGUGGAGGCCAAAGUGGAGAACAUUAAAGAAGUCUGGAAAGUCCUGCAGGCUGGAAGCAAUGCUAGGGCAGUUGGAUCCAAUAACGUGAAUGAGCACAGCAGCCGAUCACACUGCAUGCUUUGUAUAAUGGUGAAAGCAAAAAACUUGAUGAAUGGCGACUGUACAAAGAGCAAGCUUUGGCUUGUGGAUUUGGCUGGCAGUGAAAGGCUUGCAAAGACCGAUGUGCAAGGGGAGCGGCUCAAGGAAGCUCAAAACAUCAAUAGAUCACUUUCAGCUCUUGGAGAUGUCAUAUCUGCUUUAGCAACUAAAAGCAGUCAUGUUCCAUAUAGGAACUCCAAGCUGACACAUCUACUUCAAGAUUCAUUAGGGGGUGACUCCAAAACUUUAAUGUUCGUGCAAAUUAGCCCUUCAGAGCAUGACCUGGGAGAGACUUUGAGUUCAUUGAACUUUGCAUCUCGGGUUCGAGGGGUUGAGUUGGGUCCUGCAAAGCGGCAGAUUGAUACAGGUGAACUUCAAAAGAUGAAAACAAUGCUUGAUAAAGCAAGGCAAGAAUCUAGAUCCAAAGACGAAUCAUUGAGGAAACUAGAAGAGAGCCUACAACAUUUGGAAGGCAAGGCAAGAGGCAAAGAUCAGAUUUAUAAAACCCAACAGGAAAAGAUCAAAGAACUUGAAGGCCAGCUUGAGUUGAAGACAUCAUUACAUGGCCAGUCAGAGAAGCAAAUCUCACAACUCUCGGAAAGAUUGAAGGGGAGAGAGGAAGUUUGCUCCAGUCUUCAACACAAGGUAAAAGAUCUUGAAAGCAAAUUGAAAGAACAAGUGAAAGAGUCUGAGUCUCAUUCCUUUAUCCUCCAACAGAAGAUCAAGGAGCUGGACAGAAAACUGAAAGACCAGGAACAGAGCUCAGAAGCCGCCUCCUCACUUCAGCAAAAGGUCAAUGAACUGGAGAGAAAACUGAGAGAGCAGGAAGAGAGCUCAGAGGUGGCUGCCUUGCUUCACCUAAAGAUUAAGGAGCUUGAAGAAAAGUUGAGAGAACAAGAACAACAGGCAGAAUGUUUGACAUAUCAAGAUUGUGCCAGUGUGUCAAGGGCCACUCCUGUUGAAGUAAAACCACGUGUAAGAGAUGAAUUCAUGAGUGACGUUGAGCCUAACAUUCUAAGGAAUUCAAACACAAUGAACCGCCCAAUGAGUCAGGGUUCUACUUUCCUUAGAGGAACUGACUCUCUCAGUGACAAAAGAAAGAGACGAGAAUUCAGAAGUACCGAAAUGGAAAACAAUACAAUUGUAUCAAAUUCUUCAAAUGAUAAUAGGACUAGGCAAUCUGACCCACCCAAACCAUUUGCAAGGUUGACGAAGACAGUGAAGCCAGUCGGUGCUGCUAAUAGACGACCGUCUCUCACUCACAGCAAGACCAGUAGAGAUCAGGUUCAAGGAAUCAAAGAGAGGGAUACCAAGAAAAGGAUUUGGUCAAGAUAGUUAAAUGGAGCAGUAAGAAGUCAACUUGUUCUUCUGUUGUCUUCUUAUAUUGCAUGCUAUGUGCUUUAUAUUAUACCAGUGUAUGCAUCGUCUUUUCGAUUCAUAACCUUUUCUGUGCCAUAAUUUGAGGAUGAAAUAUGAUUUAUUUCCAUAUCUUUGGAAAGGAUAAGAUGCUUCAUGUCAAUCUUUUAA